GCCCGGGGCACGGGUUGAACCGAGGGAAAGCUGAGGGGCGGCUUCCGGCAGCUCUUUCCUUCGCCGUUCGAUGCCUCGGAAAGGGAAGCUGAAGGCGAGGGCCGCGGCCCCGUCUCCCGGGAUGGAGGGCGGCGGCCAAACUAAAGUCCGGCGAACUGAGGUGCGGACCUCGGUCGUCAUCUGUGACAGUGACGAAGAGGUUCCGGCCUUGGAAGAGUUAAUUUCUUUGAGGAAAGAUAGUCGGGCUGGGGGCAGAGAGAAGAGUGUCUCCAAGUGUAAUAUUUCUCAGAUGACUGAGGAGGAGCAAUUGGCUCUGGCCUUCUUGAUGAGUGAGAGGGAAGCUGAUGAGAGGAACCUGCAGCGAGAGGAAGAGGAGCACCUGAUGAAGAAAGCAAUUGCGGAGAGUCUGCAUUUUCAGGCGCCGUCAAACGAAACUGGUGACAAAGGUUCAGUGCCUAUCGCGCUUUGCAAUGUGGAUGUAGACACAGAGCUUGGAACCACAGGAGGAAAGGAAGCCUCUGGUGACUGUGCUGGGAUUGCAGAAAGAAAGGAGAUCCCAGGUGCCUGCAACGAGCAGGAUGCACUUCCCAAUGGGCAGCUUAUUUCAGAGCGGGUGACGAUGGCCUGCAGUCCUCUGGUUGUAUUAGAGAAGCUGAGUGAGACGAUUGCGAAAUGUUCCCAGGAGUCUAGCAUUGUCCUGUCUCAGGAUCAGAAUUUUGCUAUUGGCACACGGACAUCCCCACUGAAGCCUAUCAGUCCUUUUAAACACCGGACUCCGUUACAAAGUGUUUUGUUGGAUAAGGUGCUCCCAUCCUCCUCUCUGUCAUGGAUGCAAGCACCUGAAUCUAGCCAGGCACAGAGUCAGCACAUACUCACCACACACUGUGAGCCUGAGGGAGAAAAUCCCAAACCUGAGGAAGAAAUGACCUGUAAUCUUGAUGCUCAUCCUGCCUCUGAUAGCAGCACCAAGAGAGCCACCUUUACAAAGACUGAGGAAGGGCAAGGUUUUGAUGAGCGCCCAGUGGUAAUGUUGUCAGCCUCGGCCACGAAGCACUCAUCACCUCAGAAUGGGCUGGUCCGGUAUUUCUGGGGAGUUCCAUUCUGUCCGAAAGGAGUGGAUCCGGAUCAGUACACAGAGGUCAUCCUAUGCCAGCUGCAGACAUACCGCUGCUGCCUAAAGGUGGCUCAGAGGCAGCUUCUUCGCAAGAUGAGGUUUGGGGAGCCAGUGCUGCCAGCACCCAUGGCCAGGAAAGCUCACCGCAGCUGGAGAAAUGAGCAACUCGACAAUGAGACUGGCAGUGGGGAAUCUGAGGAGGAGAAUGCAAAGUCGGCAGAAGGGCUAAGCGAGCAGCCACCUGGGACACAUGCAGGAGAAGACCCAGGAGAAGAACAGGUGCUGCAUGAGUCUUCACCACAGCUAUUAAUUCAAGAAAUGACAGACAAAGAGGAAAACAAACAAUGUGACGGGGCCACGUGUGUCGACAGUAAGGUGGCUGAUUCUGGUCCAAGUGGCAGUUAUCAGUCAGAGGAGGACGAGCAACUGUGCGUUUGUGCCGAUAUUCAGGAGAACUUGAAUAUUGAUAUACAACUAGAGUUUGUGAGACAGAUUCCUGAAUCUAAUACCCAGGCUGCAGAGGUGGUGUUGGUGGAAGAUGAUGCUGGUGGCCAGAAUCUGGAGCCCUCCGUCACAUGCCCACUGUGUGGGGAUAUGUUUCCUGUGGAAAGGAUCGAGGUGCAUGCAGCAGAUUGUAAUGGUUGCAGUGAUGCAUUUGGCACUUUGACACGCCCUCCAGUGCGAUCUCGGAGAAAGGGAAGAAGCAUCUUGUUGCAGAAUGGCACUGCUGAGUACAAUUACACCAGCUCGGAGCCCAGCACGUGAACUUUCUGAUGCUCGAAAUGCUUAGGAAACAUCCUGAUGUUCCAAACUGGCACUACCAUCGUUUCCCAGAAGAUUAGAUGAAGUACUAACCCAUAGCACUUUGUGAGCUUAUCUUCCCUCCAUCUACAGUUCCUUCUUCAACAAAUACAGCUCCCCACCCAGAGACCUUAUUCCCCCAUCCACAACAUGCGAUGCUUACAUCUGAUAAGAUAAUUUAACCUAGUUUGCGAGGAGCUCUACAGCUCUGUUUGUUUACAGUCUUAAAUAUUAAAGUUAUCUCUUCCAUUA